CUGUGCCGGGGGGUGCGGGCUGAGCUCAUCGCUGGCUCCCCGGCGCUCCUUACCAGUGGCUUCUGCGGUCACAUGGGUUAUGUGCUGGAGUUUAAAAGAGCUUAUAGCCCCCGAGCCGGUGCAGAAGCAGCCGGUGGUUGCAUGGGGUAGCGCCGGGAGCGGCGGCAAGGAAGGCGCCAAAAUCCCAGAUCUGAGAAGCGAGGGUCGGACGAGCAGCCAGGAGAAUCGCCCAGACGUUUAUGAGAAGUUGGGGACGCCCCAAGGACUCUGGACUGGUGGAGAGAUGGCUAACCCUGUGCCGUCAGCGUGCUGCGUGGUGCUCGCCGCGGUGGUGGUGGUGUACGCCCAGAGGCACAGCCAGCUGGAGAGCCACACUCAGUACGAGCGGGUAGGUGCAGACGUGACCAUGAAGUGUGGCUCCAUGGACUGGGACGCAGCCGUGACCUGGACAGCCAAUGGCACUGACAUCGACGAGUCCCACCUGAACGGCUCCUACCUGGUCCUCAAGAACGUGGACCUGUCCCAGAGCGGCCAGUACUCCUGCUACGAGGGCUCCUCCUGGCACCUCAAAUACCAGACCAACCUGAGGGUGGGAAUAAAACCAGACCCUCCGGAGAGUGUGGUGGCCAAACCUGUGCCCAAUAACCCUCGAAGACUGGAGGUGUCAUGGCAAAACCCCUCAUCGUGGCCUGACCCUGAGUCCUUCCCACUGAAGUUCUUCCUGCGGUACCGGCCCCUCAUCCUGGACCAGUGGCAACAUGUCGAGCUGUCGGACGGGACAUCGCACACCAUCACGGACGCUUACGCUGGCAAGGAAUACAUCAUCCAGGUGGCAGCCAAAGACAACGACAUCGGCACGUGGAGUGACUGGAGUGUGGCUGUUCAUGCCACCCCCUGGACAGAGGAGCCCAAGCAUCUCACCACAGAGGCCCAGAUCACAGAGACAACAAGUGCUAGCACCUCCUCUUUCAUGGCACCACCCACAACCAAGAUCUGUGACAAGGGGGCUGUGGUGGGCAGCGGGGCCAUGGCAGUGUGUUGGACAGCUGGACUGGUCGUGGCUGCUUAUAGUGUCCUCUUUAUUUAG